AUGCGGACUUCACCUAUGUAUACUUUCAUACCAGUAGACAUACAAACAAGCAGCUGCUGUUGCUGCAGGUCUAUAAUAGGAGGGACCCUGUUACUUGUUCUCAUUGCAAUCACUGUAUACCUGCUCUGGAAGAAAUUUUGCUGCCUCCGUUCUUGUGAAAAGCUCACUAGCCCUGCUAAAACAACAAACGCAAAUGCCAUUUUUCAGCAUCACUCAACUCCUGAAAUUCAACUAAAAAGCACAAGAUCCCGAAGCGUUCCGUUUAUCAUUCCACCAACAUUGCACAGGCGAGACUGGAUUAACCUGACGAACGCAGAACACACUUAGGAAGACGGUGACCCCUACGCGAUUCCUCAGUCCAGGCCAUGGUCAUCAUUCCAUUCUUUGGCUGCUUGGUUUUUAUUUCACGAAGCUGGAGCUUAUGUUGUAGGGACCAUUAACCCUGAGCUAUAUGAGUUUCCUGAAGACAGAAGUGAGAGGGAUUUUCCUGAGGGCAGCAUUGGCUGCAUCUGGUUCUCCAUCAAAUAGGAGCGAGAGUCAGGGAGGCUCCUCUUCUCCUUGAUCCAAGUCAGAAAGCCGCAGCCUCCUGCUGAGUCCUGUAGCUCAUUUCUGAAAACCUACUUGCUGCCCAAUGAAAGAAGCUACUUGCAGUCCAAAACACAAUGCCAAACCCUUAACACACGUUUUGAUGAAAACUUUGUUUUUCAGGUUUUCAGUAAAAUGUUGCUCCAAAGGACUCUUUCGGUUUAUCAUGUUGAUAAACAGAAGAAGUAUGAUCUCCUAGAACAAAUUAUAUUCCCAUUGAAAAAUGAAACAUUAACUGAUAGCAACAAACUAGUCGUAUGGAGAGAUCUGGAGAAAGAAAACUUGGAGCCUCCUUCUGAGUAUGGUGAUAACUAGUUCUCCCUCAGCUACGAUGACAACCUGGGCCGCCUCACUGCAGUGGUUCUGAGGGCAAGGAGAUCAAGGCUCCAGGAAGAGCGCCAUGCUGUCAAGAAUAGGAUCUUCGAGAACAAGCCCUAA